AUGAUUGUUUUAGGGGCAACCCAGGUCGAGCAAUCAUAUUUUACGGACCGUAGCAAAGUAACUGCUGACAAGAAAAUCAAAAUUAAAACAUUAUUAGAAAUCGGUCUUUGUCAACGACAAGUUGCACGGGACUCAAAUGUUUCACAAACAUGUGUUGCACAUGUGUCGAAAAAGCUAAAACAGAAUUUACCUUUAUCAAAUUCAAUCGGACAAGGUCGGAAAAAAGCAUCAACACAAGAUAAUGAUCGUCAAUUAUCAUACAUUAUGAAGAAAGAUCGAACAAAAUCCAGUCAAAUGUUAGCAGCUGAAUGGACUCUAUCGAAUGGUAAAAAGUUAUGUGCUUUAACUGUACGUCGUCGUUUAAUUAGUAUGGGUUAUAAGAGUUACACAGCUAAACGAAAACUUUUAAGAACGCCUGCUCAAAUUAAAAAGCGUCUAACAUUUGAUAAAUAUCAUCAAUAUUGGUCAAAUGAAUGGAAUAAUGUUAUCUGGAGUGGUGAAGCACAUUUUGAAGUUUUUAAUCGUAAAAAUCGCACUCUUGUUCGUCGUUUAAAAUUAGAAAAUAAUGAACUAUUCAAUUUUGUUUCACGUGUAAAAGGUGGUGGUGCUACUGUUAGUGUGUAG